AGUAAAAAUCAAAUUGGGUUUCAUUUACCCCCAAAAAAUCAAAUUAAAUCGAAUUUCAUUAACCUUCAACCCAGUCGUGCGCCCGCGGAGCGGCGGAGGAUUCUAGUCAGCCGUCAGGCGCAGCCCAGGAGUAGCGAAAGCUGAGCUUAUCACUUACAAUGCGCUACGACAGAAAAUGGGUAGCGGGGAACGCAGGGAGGGAAAGGGCUGGGCCCCUCACUUCUAAAAGUUUCUUGGUGGGAUUCUAUAUUGGUUUGUCCCUUAGGAGAGCUAAAAAGGUUGAUGUUUUGAAUGUCGUGCCUUCAUCCGAAUAUCAGAAUUAUUCAACUUGUCUACCAGAAGAUUUCAUAACAGAUAAAAACAUCUCGAAUUUUACAGAGGAUUUUGCAAUAGUAUUGUUCCAUUACGAUGAACGGGCAAACGAAUGGGACGAAUAUGAAUGGUCAAAACGUGCCAUUCAUGUCACUGCAAGAAAACAAACCAAAUGGUACAUUAAGCUUGUGAAAAAAUAUGGUCUAGAAAUCUCACAACCUGCGAUUGUAUCGCGGAAGGGCUUGACAUGGCUAAUGACUAUGAAGAGGCCUGGCGUUGAAGUGCAUAGGAAGGUAAACCAAACACUGCAAAGCGGACAAUGUGCUGACUUAGACAUGCCACCUUGUGCAGGGUUUGUGGAGAUCAUGGCACCUGUAUUCUCUCGAGAAUCAUGGCGGUGCGUUUGGAACUUGAUUCAGAAUGACUUGGUGCACGGAUGGGGCCUUGAUUUUGCCUUGUGGAGAUGUGUAAAAAGGGCACAUGAGAAGAUGGGGGUUGUAGAUGCUCAAUGGAUAGAGCAUUUGGUAGUACCCUCCCUUGGAAGCCAAGGAGAGUCCAUUGAUGGAAAGGAACCAUGGGAAGGGGUACGAGCAAGGUGCAUCAAGGAAUGGAAAGAAUUUGAAAUCAGAAUGGAGCAAGCUGUAAAGAACCAGUCGCAAUGGAGUUUGCCUUAACACUCUAAUAAGCUAGGUGGCAUCCC